UAAACCCAACUUCACGUAUUCAACGUCAUCUUCAUCAUAUACAUUCUCCUCCACCACGACACUGCAGAAUCUCUCGGUUGGCGGCUGCUACUCUGCAAACUCAAUUUCUCCAAAAUCCGACCUGCUACGGGCGAGGAGAGAUUCCGCAGCCACGCACAUUCCGGUCUAUUUUCGGAAUUAUUGGUUAAGAAAGUGUUUCUGGGAGAUACCAGAAGGGUUCUAUUGAUUCGGAAGCAUAACAAGUGAGAAAUUACAAGUACUGUAAUUCUUGUGAAGUCUGCUUAUGGCUGGUGAGGAUAGCUCUUCUUAUCGUAAGGGUGGAAAGAAAAUGAAAUUGGGCAGAAAGGCCAAGGAGGAAUAUACUGAAACAGGUCGAAAAGUUUCAAAGCACCAAAAUUCCUCAGUGCGACAAGCAUCAUUUAUCAGAAAACUCGUUGACCCAGAGACGGCAAAAUACUUUGCGGAGAUUGCAAACGUAAUAGAAGGGACUGAAAUUGAGUUGGAGGAGCGGACAGUCAUAUGUGGUAAUGCUUUGGAAGAGACUAGAGGGAAGGAGGUGGAACUUGCAACUGAUUAUAUCAUAAGCCAUACUUUGCAAACUCUACUUGAAGGCUGCACUGUGGACAACCUUUGUGGUUUUCUGAGGAGCUGUGCAAACAAUUUCUCUCAUAUAGCUAUGGAUAGAUCUGGUUCUCACGUAGCUGAAACAGCUCUGAAGUCUUUGGCCUUGCACCUUCAGGAGGAUAAUGAGACUCACUCCCUCAUUGAAGAGACGCUAAGUACAUUAUGUCAGGAAAUCGUGGUAAAUCCUGUUGAUGUAAUGUGCAACUGUUAUGGAUCUCAUGUUAUGCGGAGCCUUCUGUACCUUUGUGAAGGAGAAACCUUAGGCUCUUCAGAGUUCCACAGCUCAAAGCCAUCUGUUCUGCUGGCAGAACGUCUGAAUUUGAGGUCUUCUCAGUUGGAUGGUCACAAAUUGCAACAUCAUCAGAAAUUUCCUGAUAAAUUAAAAUUUCUCGUAUCAGAGAUGUUAAACCCUUGCAGGGUAGACAUAGCAACUCUUGUAGUAAAUCAAUACAGCAGUUUGGUUCUGCAGACUGCUUUGAAAUUAUUAGCUGGUCAUGAACAGGAGUUGCUCCAUGUAAUUCCAGUCCUCCUUGGUUUCAGUGCUGAAACUGGCUCGGGGUGGAACUUUAUGAAGGCGAGUGAACUAAAAAAUAUUCUAAGUUUAGUGGAAGAAAAUGCAUACAGCCAUUUAAUGGAGGUCAUCUUGGAAGUGGCUCCUGAUACCUUAUAUGAUGAAUUAUUGACAAAAGUUUUCAGGAGUUCUUUAUUUAAGAUGUCAUCGCAUCACACUGGGAACUUCGUUGUACAAUCAUUGGUUUCCCAUGCAAGAAGUCACGAUCAUAUGAAGUCUAUUUGGGAGGAGCUCGGUACAAAAUUCAAGAAUCUUCUUGAAAUGGGAAGGCCGGGAGUCGUUGCAUCUCUUCUUGCUGCAAGUCAAAGGCUUCAGACCCAUGAAAAUAAGUGUUGUCAGGCCCUUGCUGCUGCUGUACGUUUGGAGAACGAGUCUACUGCAUGCAUUGUAUCACGGAUACUCUUUCUUGACAGUUACUUCUACUCUGAAGAUAAGGACAACUGGAAUUGGCCAAAUGGUGUUAAGAUGCAUGUUCUUGGUUCAUUGAUUCUGCAAUCAAUUUUUAGACUUCCAAAUGAUUUCAUACUGGAAUACAUCUAUAGUAUCACAUCAUUGGAGAACAACCAAGUGCUUGAAGCAUCUAAAGACCCUGGUGGUGCCAGGGUUAUUGAAGCAUUUCUCAAUUCAAAUGCUUCGACGAAACACAAGCGCAAGUUGGUUAUCAAGCUUCGGGGACAUUUUGGAGAGCUGUCUGUGUAUCCUUCUGGUUCAUUUACUGUUGAAAAGUGCUUCAAUGUCAGCAAUUUAUCCCUGAGGGAGACAAUUGUAUCAGAGAUAUUACCUGUCCAAUCAGAACUUUUAAAGACUAAACAGGGCCCUUACCUGAUGAGGAAACUUGAUGUUGAGGGGUAAGUUGUCAUUUCUCUUGGUUGUUCCAUUAAGAAUUACAUUGAUAUUAUAUUCUGUGUUGUAGUCUGGUUUCUCUUUGUCUUAUAUGUUGUGGUCUUGUGGAUAUUUAAUUGAAGAUAAUGAACAUCAGCCUUCAGUGACGGUGCUUUUUUAUGUCACGAUUUUGAAUAAUAUGGAUGGGUACUAGGGACUGGCUUUACCUCCUUUUCUCUUCUGAAUUACAGGUCCUGUUAAGAGAUGAGUUGGAUGCUGUUUAGUUGCUCAAUAAAUAUUGUAAUGUUCUAACAAGAUUUUCCUUGACAUACUUCCUUUUGCAUGAUUGGAUUUUGCACACUUUGCUUAGCAUCUCCUCAACUACUAGAAAAUUGCCCUUAGUAAUUGGUAUAACCCACCGGUUGUAGCAGGAAAAAAUUACACAAAAGAAAUUCAAAAUAGUUUCCAGCAAAUAAAAAUAUGAUUUAUUCUAUAACGGACUGAAUAUGACCUGAAAAUUACUACUUGAUAGGCAUUUCAGAGGCCUACCUUACUUCACUCUCAGUACAUGUGAAUCAAAAAUAAUUAAAUUCCCAUCUUGCGCCUAUCAGAUUAUUCCAGAAGCUCCGGCCUCAUCACACACCUCCAAACCAACUAACUAAUGUUUUCUGGUAACAAAUUAUCACAUGCAUCCAAGCGCAGGUACUGCGCAGCUGCUAGGUCCAUUUACGGCAGCUAAGUGCCCUGCUUCUUGUCCCUGACCAAUUGUGAAACUACCAUUCAGCUUGUUCAAAGUACCAGUCUCUGCUAUGAUGUAUGUAUGCCGGUGUAGGAACGACCAAUAGAAUUGGACUUCUGCUUAUUACCAUUUGAGUAUGACUGGGGUGGGCAGAUUGAGUACAUCCAUUUUCUCAUUUUGAAGGUGUCUCCAUGAUUGAGCAGUAAUAGGUAGGGAUGACAGGAUUUGAACCUGUGACAUUUUGUACCCAAAACAAACGCGCUACCAAGAAAUCACCCCUCACGUGUGAAAUUAUAGAAGAUCUUAUGAAAUUAUAGAAGAUCUCCUUUAAGAUCUCGAGUUUGUCUCUGGAGGAAAUACCUGUACUGGGUAAUGCAUUAUAGGAUGUGCUGUAAUAUCACUUUUCACAAUAUUAUUUACUGUUUAUUACAGAAAUAACCGGUCACUUCUGCACUACAUAUGGAAAUGCAUGGAGCCUACCAUUUUCCUUUUACUUUUCCCCUUUUUAAUGUGUGGAUGGAGCGUUCCUAUUGGUAUUGAGGUGAGGGGAGGGUUUGAAUACAAUUUGUUUGCCUGGAAAAUGCCAAUUAUUUUCUUCCUCUGCUCUUGAAGGUGAAUACUGAUGAUUGCAUACGCAAAUUGUAUCUGAGGAUGUCAGUACGGAAGCUGUGUGAAUAUUUAAUCCAUAGCUUGAUUCCUUGGUGAUUGAAAGAGUCCAUCAUGGUUUAACAGCUUAUGUACUUGUUAGUUGGUAAUCAUUCUAAAUUGUUUGGAUUUGUAAAACAUGUGAUACACAUUUGCACCUAUGUUCUUUUUCCUUGGGUUGCUUUUCAAGUUUCUCGGCAAAAAAAUGUAAUAUCUGUAGUUAACAAGCUAAUCCCCUAUGUCAUCAAACAGGAAAUAUGUACAGAUAUUUGAUCAAUUUACUGGCCACGGGGUGGUCUC